GGUUUUGUUGAUCUUCCAUCUUCUUGACAAGCUACAGUUUCACGGAAAGAUCGCAUGGAUGGGAGCUCGGGCAUGAUGAGCUCUUUAAUUAGCCAGGAUGCAGAAACAGGAAGCCAGAUAUCUGCACCUGGCAAUAGUGCAAGUCCCCUUUUACAGUCUUCUUCAGGAAAUUUCCGUUCUUUUUCCCCGUCUCGUCGUCUCUUCUGCCUCUUGACCGCAUUCGAUUUUCUUUCCGCUUUAUUUAUUUGGAUUUUGCGCGCACAUGUGAGUAUUAUAUCCUUUUAUUUUGCUUAAAAAAUUUAAUUCGUCAGAUCCUGUUGCAUUUCUCAGUCUAGGACUGGAUACAUUAUAAUUGUAUCAAGAUGAAAUUGAAUUGAAUUGCAUCAUGGAAACAUUAAUGGAGACAAUGCGAUUGUCACGAGACCUUGACAAACUCAAUGAAUUAUUCCUGGAAAAACAUACCUCUGUUCUUUAAACAUGGGUCAGCUUGAGAAGGGUGUUACGAAAACUAAGGGUCGAAUAAUAAAGGACUCGAAGUAUGACUGUUCCAAGUUUUAUUCGUCAAAUUAAGCUUAACUUCCCUUCGAUCCUUUUCGUCGAAUUGGGAUGGAUUUAGGGGUCUUAAAAUUUUUUUCAUGGCGAAAAGUAAAAACCCUCAAAUCUAAAACCAUAGGAAGGCAGAGAAAACAGCCAAAGGAGAAAGUAAGAGGAAAAAAUACCUAGGGCCUUCAGAGAAUCCAAAAUCAAUUCCCUAUACCUAAAAUUAAAACCCCCCAAAAAUCCCAUGUCGAAAUUUCUGAGCCUUUAAAAAUUCCAUGCAAAAAGAAUGCUCUUGAAUGUAUAUAGUACAUCCUGAAUUUAUCUUUUCCUUAUCUGGUACUCUAACACUACGUGGCUGGCUGAUACGCAUGCAGUACCACAAGAAAUCUUCAGUUUUUUUGAAUCCCUUCUUUAAUUAGGGCACCUCAAAAAGUACUUGCCAAAUUUUCCCACCCAAAAAAAUUCCAGAAUCGACAAUUUCAAACCCAAAAAAGUUCUGUGAUCAUCCCUGUCGACACUUUAACUCCAGAGUACUCCCCAGGCAGCACCUACUCUCUUGAGACGGUGAAUUUGUAUGAUGCCCUGUCAUGUUAACCCUCUUAUCUGAUAAGAUCAACUGCCCCCAUGGCACCAAUUGGAGCAGGGUUCCACUUCUCAAUGUGGGCAAAACUUCAGAUGCAUUACUUUGAAAUUGUCAUAUCAAGACAUUGUUUUUUCAGGUGAUAUCAUUUAUUAGUAUAUACACACUCAGUGAUCUUGGUAAUUCAAGCAAUCUGAUUGGUUAGCUAUCUCGGACUAUGACGUUAUAUUCACCGCGCUAGGCAGUGAAUAUAAAGCCGAACAAAAUCGCUGUCGUGAACUGGGUGUUUUGCCAAAGUUUCAAAGUAAAACCUUUUUGAAAAUACACGAAUAUCCAAGUGCUGAUGACUUUGAAGGCAAGAAAAGACUUCAUGGUGUUUAAACAGCGUGAUUUAUUGUGAAGUGGUUUACUUUAGCUGACUUUUUGUACGCUCGAAGCUAUGUUUACCACUUCAGAGGAAAACGAGGUCGCUUUGUCACUGUUUUGUGAUUUCGGGAUUUUCUCGCAAGACCAAUUUUGCCUAUAAAUAGAAGUUAAUUUAUGGAGAAGAGAGGAAGGCAAAUAUUUUCGAAAAUUGUACGUGCCAGCAAGUUAACAAGGCAAAGAACUUUGGAGAUAAACAACGCUCACCUUGAUCGCAGCCGUUGUUGACAGCAUUUGCAAGAAGCGACGAAGAAAACUGUCUCAUUCACGGUAAGUUGACAGAAACAAAUAAAGCUCUGGAUACUUUUCUUCUCAGAAUUGAGUAGUAAUUUAAAUUUUCCGUGUUUUCUUUUAAACCGUUGAUACUAAAGCUUACAAAACUCGAUACAAAAGGAUUAAAACUAUCAUUUGCCAUGUUUGAAGAUACUGUAAAGAUCUAACUUUUGCGCAUCCACUGUUUACGGCUUCGUGUUCACGCAUGAAUUUUCACCCGUCAAUCAAACUAAUCGUUUUUUAAUGGUUUCCUUUCUGAUUCUGUUGAGAUCACUUCGUGUGAAUAUACUAAAACAAUUAUUCACCUCAGGCUCAGUUAAUAUUGUUGAAUAAUCCCCUUGACUUCGUCUCGGGGAUUAUUCAACAAUAUUAACUUCGCCUUCGGCGAAUAAUUGUUAAUUAUAAGCAAAACAGAACAGUUCUACCAUCACAGAAGUUUAGAGUUGCCCUUAAUAUGAAAGUGGUCCAGCAAAGUAUGUUUUUUUUAUUUACACUGGUACUCUGAUUUACUUUUUAUAGGCUUUCAGUGGUCAGAGGUUCAAAGAUGCUAUGAAGAAAGAUGUCAUACAUUACAAGUUUGAUGCCUCUUUGUUUGAUAUUGUGGUAAGUCAAAAUGCUUACUGAUGUAAGAUCUUUCUCCAGCAGGGUGGGGUGUAAGUGACCUUUAUUCUCUUAAAAGCGAGACUGCUCCAGUUAUAAGCUGCAUUUGGCAACAGACAUUCUUCAUAUGCACUGAACUAAAAAGUCGUGCCCCAUGAUACUCACUGAGAAAACAUGUUAACAUGGUAUGAAUGGGUGCAUGGAAUAAACCACAAGUGACAUGGGAUACACUGCUGAAUUCCCCUUCUAAUUUUCCCUACAGGAGCAGGAGUAGCCUGUGAAUACAGUCUUCUCUCCUCGCUCCUCGCCCCUAGGGACAUGUUCACUGGAGAGAUGUCUGUGCUUUAACACUUUGUCUCCGGAGCGUUUUAAGUAGUUUUGACCAUGCAACUUUAAAAAUUCAUAUCUCUGCUGUUAUUUCCAGUUCCUUAUAAAGCUAUACCUCAUUGUAAAGGGCAAAAAUUAAACUUUCAGAAAAAAAAUAUUUCGGUCUCAGGAAACCCAUAAUAUUCUGCAAAAAAAAUUAUAAACAAGCAUAUUUCUGCAUAAUUAUUUUAAAAAAUUUUUACGAGUGUAAUUUUGCCAGGAAAGUUGUCUGUUUUGUGUAAUACAGUACAAACAAUUUUUUUUCUUCAAUAUCUAAGCAAAACAGCCCGAAUAUCGGUAAAAAAUAUAGAGCAACUAACAAUUUUCCACAAAUAUAUUUUGUGACCGUAUCGGAUUAUGCAAAUGAGGUCAGAGCUAAUUAGCAUAGCGAAACUAGAUACUUUAGCGUCACUUUGUGGCCCGAUAUUUACCUUCAAAAGACGCUUUAUUUUUUAGUUUCUCAGAGAAAUAUCGAGUUAAAAACAGGCAAACAUGAAUUCACUGAUAUAAGUGAUCAAAGUAAGCAAGGCUUUGAAGGCAAAAAGCUCAGUGGGACGGAACUCACUGCGUUUGAAGAGAAUUUGUGGCAGACAUUGCCGACUCGGGGAAUUGAAGGCAAAGAUUCUUACUGUUUUCUUUCCUCGAUUUUCGCGUUUGUUUUGCUUGUUAUCCUCCAGAAUCCUUCAAAACAAUUUGCUUGACUUGCAUUUGGAUGAAAUUUGUCGAUAUAAGCUUUCACUCUAUGCAAAAACAUCCCAAAUACUUCUCACUACGCACCGCCAUUUUUCUACAUUUUUGAAAAAUCGUUGCGUGAAGCUCAAAACUCGCAGGGGGCUGGAACUAGGCACAUAAUUGACUAAAGCUAUUAACUUCCUGUGGGCCAAAUUUGGAGGUAAGCGGAAGUAACGCGAUUUUUUGGGAUUUUUUUUUCGUAGUCGAUGUUGUGACAUCGACGGCCCUAGGCGCCGGAGACAAUGAGUUAACAACAAAAAUUCCAUGCUGAUGAUGUAAAAUCCAUCGGGGAUCUGGUCAGGAGCUCUGAUUGGUCGACGAAGUAAUUCUAUUGUUUAGCUGUUGUUUACUAAUGACAGACAAAAGACAAAAGGUUCCAAAGAUCAAAAGUGAAGGAGAGGAAUCAACUACUAUACAGAACAGUCAUUAUUGGUGGAACAUUUUCUUCUUUAGAGGAAGUGAUCUCAGUUUUCUGCAAUUCAUUCACAGAAGAACUGAAUUCUCUGCCAUAAUAGACCAGGAGAGGCAUAAACUCAAACAAAUUUUACAUUUGGAACCCCAUGACUACCAGAUUAAUUAUGUAAACAUUGAUUUACAUCAUUAGUGUGGGAUUUCUGCCUUUGAGGCGCAGACGUCUCUCUGAUCUAUUUCCUAGCUCGGGUAGGAGUCAAUUGGGACCAUACAUUUCUAUUAAUUUUCAAAGGCCCCUUCAGUAUGGGAAUAAAAACAGUACACAAUCACCACCUGAGUGCCCCCCAUCUCCUUGGGAAAAGUUCGGAGAAAAAAUUCAGGUGUAGUUGAGUUGAAAAUUCAGCAUGAUUUUGUGUUAUCAUAUUGUCUUAUGCAGCUGGUUGUAGUACCAGCUGAACAUAAUCUAAAGUACAAUGAAGGCUGUAUCAAGAUCUCAGAGGCAAACACUGGUGGAAAAUUCUCAAACUUCUAUCCAUCUAACUAAUAUAAACAACCAAACUAAAACCUUGAACAACCCAAACUGUGAAGUGUUUUUUAUUUGUUUGGCAUUUUUGUAUCAAUGAACUGUGUUUUCAUUGCCUUCCAGCUGUUGGCAUUGUGGCGAAUGAUUGUUCUUCUGCUUGCUUAUGCUUUUUGUGUCAGUCGCAAGUGGUAUGCUGUUGCUGUAAGUAUUGGUUCAGUGUUUCAGUGUCUUUAUUGGUGCUAAUAUUUACAAAUAUGUACAGUUUUUAAAUAAUUAACUCUAAUUGAUGAUGGUAUAAUAAUGAACACUUAAUGACUGGUCCAGAGGGAAACAGUUGAUUUCUUUCCCAAGAAUCUCAAUGUUUACUGAGGCAGAGCUGGGGGAAACAUUUAGAUUCUUGGGAAAUAAAGUUAACUGUUUCCCGGGGAACCAGUCUUAAAGUGAUUUGUUAUAUAGCUGGAAAUUUUGAAGCUGGAAAGUCAUUAAACCUCACUUAAACAAUGGUCGUCGGUCAACAUUCCUAGGCUUCUGAUAUUUCACGCGGUCACAGAGCUGCGAAAUUCAGGUAAAUCUGUGAAAUCCCGCGAAAUUCACAAAAACACGAAAAAUAGUGCGAAAUUCGGUAGCAAUCUUAUCAAAUACAUGUCUGUACAACGUAUUUGAAACUUAUUUCAGCUAUAGGGGCUAUUUACUUGCAAAUUUAUCUUGGAACUUCGUCACUGAAACGUGCAAACAACAUCCCGAAACUACCAGGCGUAGAUUAUAUUUCGAAAAACUGGACACUAGCCAUCAUGUUAAAGGCUUUGCCAUUGGUUCAUUUCUGGAGCGUAUUGUUGUUGAAAGAGCAAAUGAUGACCUCUGUUAGAUAAACGUUAAAAACGCUGGUCUGAUCAGCGCAAAACCAAUCGAUUUCUAGCAAAAUUUGCCUAGAAAAUAGCCACAAAAUCGGCCAUUUUUUACCGAUUGCUUUUUGGUGAAGUUUGCUCCGAAAACUCCCAUGAAAUUCCUGUGAAAUUGGCCGAUUUUUCCGCGAAUUUGUCCCUAAAUAUUCCGCGAAAUUUGACUUUUUCUUCCGCGAUCCAUCAGAAGCCCUGACAUUUGCAGGUAACAGUGCACCAUUACCCUGUGAUGUCAUAGAUUUUGCAAUGUUGCCUGCUCAGAUUUUGGCAGGAAACAGUUUCAUUGCUAGAUGUCAUGUGAUUUUGAAGUAGCCAAUGAGAGCACACACUGUUGAGAAAAUAUUUUCAGCUGUAUAACAAUAAUUAUUAUUGAUUUUAUUACCUUUUAAGACUGUUAUCUACUAACAGUCCUUUUCAUGUAAGGUCAGUGUUCUUCCCAGCAUUUGUGAAGUCCAAGGGUAUUCAUAAGGCUUGAUCCAAGCAGGCUGUUGACAACUGGAUCUUCACUCUGUGACUAGUGACAAUAGUCAUUUUUUUUUUGUAUAAACAGAGUAAAUCCAUAUAAAUAUAUAACCUGCAAAAAGGCUUCUUAAAAUGAAGAUUUUGUCAUUGGUUAAUGUUUCAUUGAAUUCGAAAGUUGUUAAGCCAGGCUUGUGCAGCAGACGGCAGUGAGUGUCUUUUCGUCAGUUCAAGCACAAAACAGGCAUCCAAGGAGGACACUGAUGGUUCUUAGUUUUGACCUGUUUUUUAUUUUAUUUGUCUAGGUGACUACCACAGUAACAACUGCCUUUCUUCUUGUUAAAAUUAUACUGACACAAGUACUUGCAGUAAGUUAAAUUGUUUCUCAGGGUGUAGUUGUUCUGGUUUCCAAUAUUUUUUUGAGUAUUCUGUUUUUGAAUGACAUAACGUGUAUUGGGUGAUGGGGAUUUUUUGCAGCUGUAAAAGACACAUUAUUUAGGUGACAAUCAAUGCUUUGAGGCAAUGCAGAAGUAUGCCAAAGGGAAAUAAAAUCUAAAUAGUAGAUUUUAAAUACUUUAAUGCAAAGUGAAGAAUAAAACACAUUUAUAAUUUAUGUGUUGAUUGUUGUGAGAUCGGCAUGGCACUUUUUCUUAUAAUAUACAUUUAGAAGCUUUUGAUUAAUGACUCACCAUCAAGAUCACUCCUAGAAUAUCUGCCAUGGCAAUUUUCCUUCUCUAAGCUUCUCUAUCAGUUUCCCCUUGGCAUCACUUUUUACCCUGUGAGAUAGUUCACUUUCAGCCACAGGCUUCCACAUAGCAUUGCUGUUGAAACCAUUUCACUUUCCUGUUUGUCUCCUAUCACCUUCCUUGCCAUAUUUGCUAGUUUGUUUGUUUUAUUUUCAUCCCCUGAAUCUGUUACAGCAACCUCACAUCAUGCAUGCUUCUGGUAGGAGCCUUAUUGGACAAAUGCUAUUUGGGAUGUUCAGAGCCUCUUCAGAAGCAUUAUUAUUAUUAUUAUUAUUAUUAUUACAACCAUGCAGUGUCAUUUUGGUGGGAAAAUGUGAUAGCUGUCAUUAUUCUACUCUGAGUUUAGCAAGUAGAAACAAGUUAUCAAAUGUUUGAAGUUUUAACAUUUUGAGAUCGGGAGGAGGCUUAACCUCCUUGGAUUAAAGAUAACAGUGCUAACGUUUUUGGUGAAUAAAAAGUUCAAUGAAGCUUUCCAGGGUGUCUAUUUUUUUGAGAAUACAUGAAAAAACGUUCUGUCACCGUUCAUAAUCAUUCUCAUCCUCCAAUCUAAAGGUCUCUGAUAACUUCAAUGGAAAUCGAAUACUACUGGUGCAAGGAAAUUUUUGUCAACAACAACCUGCGAUUUAAUUCACACAUUUAUCUCUGCUAACACUGUUAAUUUCCAAUCAUUUUUCUGUGCAGUCUUCCCAAGAUGAUGGAAACUCAACUCUGUAUUAUGUUCUGGUUUUAUCGUCUCUGGUGUUGUCUUGGGUGGAGUCUUGGGUGUUUGACGUUAAGGUCAGUAGAUACCCUUUAACAGCUAAAUUAAGAGUACUUAAGUAGUUGUUUUUUACUUUUAAAGUAAUAAUAUUCCCACAAUGUUAACGUGCAGUUAAAUGAUGAAGAUUUCCACAAAUUUUUGACAGGUUUUGUAACUGUAAUUAAAUACAGAACCAAUAAAAAUACAUUCAAGAAAUUUUGAAGGUGGAGUCAUGAAUUUGAAAGAUUUAUUUCUUUUUCUUUAAAACUGCUGCCUCUCAGUAGUCUUUGAUUUUGAUUGGUUUUCGUUUGUAUUGAACCCAUGAUAUGUUCUCAAAAGUUUGUAGUGGCCGUGUCAAAGAACUGGUAGAGAUCUCAUUUGAAAGGCAAAGCUUGCAGGAUUCUGCUUGUAACAGUUUGUUAAUUUGAUGUUUUGUUCAUAGGUAAUUCCAGCAGAAGUUAAAGCAGAACAAAGAAUCCAUCAAGGUAUUGUAACAAAUUAGCGUGCUAUAUGCAGUUGAAUGAGAUUAAUCAUGAUGAGAUAGUAGAAACAAUUUAGGAGAGAAGAAGGUCUACAACUGAACCGAGUUUUAUUCUUUCAUCUCCUUCCCACAGAAGAGAGAAGACCGCUUCUUGGUGAGGCAUUUCGUGGGUAAGAAAUUGAACAGAUAAAUAUAUAAAUCAGCCGGAAUUUUGAAAACGUGACUGCUUAAUACGCUCUUCCUUCAAGCAGUUUAAAGUAGCCAAUAUAAAACUAAGAGUGCAACCAUUAACUUUUUUCUUCUCCUCUUUUCUUUCUCCUCACUCUUCCUCUUUUCCCUUCCUUCUCCUUUUCGUGUGUGAUUUUUCAGGCAUAGCGGAUGCUAAAAAAAAAUUUCCAUUGGUUUUGGUGGGUUCGCACUCUGAAAUGGCUGCAAAUUUGGCUCGAUACGUUUUCAAAAAUACAGCUAGAAAUAGAUGAAUAAAAUAACAGCUCUAGUUACUGAUGAAAUCCUCCGGACAGUUUGGCUUAAAACAACGUUUAGUUUUGUUCAAAUAGCUGAUGAAGAAAAUUUGUGUGGUCUGUUUCAGGUAUAAUACUCCAUAUUCCCUGGUAUCGGAGCACAGUUUUUACACCCCAGAAGGUUGGUUGUCAUAUAAUUUGUUAUUACAUAAAAUUACUCUGAUUUUAACCAUCAUAACAUCCCAUAACAAUAGCCCAUUCACGCCUCAAGCUGUGCUUAAAACUUCGUGUGGGGAAUCGCCAUCUUUAUACCAUUUGUGACGUCAUCAGUCGCUUAUCAAAGACGAUUUGAUAUAUGGAAAGAUUGCACAAAAUCGGUAAAGCUUUCGAGGCUUUAUCCGUGCUCCGCCUAAACACAACUUUCGCAUUUACUUGAUCAAGCACAUUUAUUUAGAACGUAUUAUCUUUGUAGCUUAGUUUCAGUAAAUGAGAAAACUUUGUUUUAGUAAGUUUGCGCGAUUGCCGUCACAAUUGUUCAGCUAUGAUGCUCAUUGUCAUUUGGUUUUGUCGUUGUGGUUGUUUUCUUUUUCAGCUUCUGACAGCGAAAUCGAAAGUGACUCAGAGGAACCGCGUAGGUCCCAACCUGUAGCAGCAAGAUUUUCCCCGCAGGUAAUGAAGAAGUCAAAGGUAUUACUGUCAGCCAGUUUAUACAGAGAGUCGCUCUUUUGAGCAAGAGGUCGAGGGUUCAAACCAAGCCAAACCGCUAACCACUCCAGGGUCUUAAACAAACUGUUAUGAUCAUGCUUGCUUGCUUUGAAUACGACCUUUUGUCAGUUCAGACUGACUAUCGCGUGAUGGAGCAGUGGUGUUAAACUGUUGGCUUUGUCUCUCUUAUCCUCCCAUGUCAACUGGAAUGCAUGAUGUAGUGAUCUUGUCUCAUCGAUGCUCGUGUGUUGUAAGCUCGCCCAUCGGCGACUUUAGACUGACUCUGAUAGAGCAGACUGCCUAGAUGGUAGGGAAUCCUCUGGAUGUGAUUGCUUUUUGCGAACGGAGCAAUUCCGCGUUGGAAUUAGGUUGGAAUCCUCGACGAUGACGGCAGUGAAAAUAUCAUCAAUAACGUAAUUUGCCUUUGUUUUGUCCUAAGUGAGUGUACAUUCUUUCAAACUUCAUAAUAUACAGAUUUAGCCGGAGCUAAGGGGGAAGCUCCAGUUUAUGCAUUUUAAAUUUACUUCAGACAAUGGACUUUAAAUCAUUGCAAAGAACUGCUAUAAACUUUAUAUAUGGGAGAACCAUAUGACUGAAAAACGUAAACUUCAACCUGCGAUCAAUUAAAAGCUAAUAGCUGGUCAGCGAAAAGCUUGAAAACACAUGACCUCGAUGAGUUGGUACCUGAGCCCGCAAUCUGGUCAUGUGACUCUGGUCAGCGGAUACCUUGUUUUGACAGCUGUCAAUUGAACAUAAUAUGGAUGUCUACCAUCAAGUUAAACACAGGUAACAGGCUCCCACACAAGCUAGAAAGUUUGACAUUUCACAUUGGUUUCCCUGUGGUGUGAACGGACGGGCGGACGUACGUACGGUCACGUAAUUGUUAAAAUUCCUCGGAUGGACAGAUUACCAAAUUUUCUUAGGUGCUGGGCUCCGCUAUCAUCGCGAAAUGUACUUAAAGUGCGUUGCAUGGACAUGCAAAGUUGCUUUUCUUGUUAACACCACUUUUCAUCUGUCCGUCGUUGUUGCCUCCACCCUCGUCAUUUCGUAAGUUUCCAAAUUUUUCAAGAGGUACACUUGUCUCCAUUCUUUCUGACGGCUCCAACAAGUAAGCAGAAGCGCCCUUACAUUUUCUCUAAAUUCAACCCGCUUAAAACGGACCCUGUUAAUGCCGACGCUUUCUAUGCCCCCCCCCCCCCCCCCGAGUGUUCGUGUUAACUGGGUAACUGAAUUGUGUCCCAUGUUAAGACCCAAAGAUCUGACAUAGAAAGAGGGCUAAAGUUGCUGAGUGGUCAAUUGUUUUCUUCUGUAGGAUCUACAAUUAAUUCAAAAAAGUAAAGAAACUUUGGAAAUAACUUGGAAUUUAAUGAAUCUCACCGAUGGAUGGAAAUCAGAAAAAGUCAAGGUGUGUUUAAGCAUGAAACGUCGCGGUCACUCGUGGCAAAUAUUAUACAGCAGUUCAAUAUAACUGGAGGUCUUAGUUUUAAAGUUUGUUUUAUUUUUCUUGUUCAUCUAUUAAUUAGGAUGGAAUUGUCGUAGGAAGCAGAUUGCUUCCAAGUGGAAAGAAAAUCUACAGAUUAAAGGUAAUUUGAUAAAAAAACUUAUUUCUAUCUCAAAUUUCUUUAGCAUUAUUAUUAAUUAAAGACAGACAAUAAGGCGAUGAAACGUUUUUCGAUUCCUUCAUUUUCCCAUUGUCUUUCCUUUGUUUCCUCCUUGCAUUUCUAUACCGUUUUAAGUUUCUUCAGAUAACGAAAAAAGGGAAAGAAAGACUGGUGAUUUUAAGCCAUGAAACAAAAAAGAAAAAAAAAUGUAGCAAGUACUGUUUAAUAAAAGAAAGGGAAUGGUGCCGGUUAGCGUGCUUGCCAGCCUGUCCCAGGCCAUGUUCUGUCGUACGCCUAAAGCAGGGAACGUGCUCGCUAUUGUAUAUAUUUUGAGAUUACAGGCUUGGCUUUGGAAUAAUAAUUGUGGGAGAAAUUAAUACUUUUCUUGUCAAAGGCAAUGUCAAAACGCAAUACAGCUCUUAAAGGACUGUCUAAUGCCGGCGUUUUGUUAUUUGCAGUCCUCUUUGGAUGCAAAAGCUGAAGAUGUAUUUAGUCUGAUCAUUCUACAUCCAGAGGAUGCUUCUAGAUGGGGAGGAAACAUCACUUCUUCCUACGUAAGUUGUUCACCCCCAGUUCAAGCCUUCCUUGGACAGUAAUAGUAGGAAACUUAAGCAACGACAACGGCGACGCCAACGAGAACUGCAAAAAAGCUAUAGGUUUAGAUUGGCAAAACAACAACUUUGCACGUGCAUCACGCUUUUUUGUACAUUUCGUUGGUGUUACUGCACGACUACGUCCUGAAAACGCCUAAUUCAUUACGUUUUGUGGAGGACGUCAACACAAAACAACGACUUUCUUUUUCUUUUCCUGAACUUCGAUACAGUCUUUUAGAAAUGAAUUUAACUCAGUGAAAAAAAGCAACAGGCUUAAUUAGUUUGCGACCGGCCUGACAGCCUACAAGAGGUGACGGACUACCUAAACAACGUUUUUAGUAAAAACAACUAUAACGCGGACUUUGUUAGACGAAACACUCACAGUAACGCUGAUUCCAACACUCAGACCAACGUCAACUCUGGCCCUGUAACGACAGCGACUAUAUCGUACAUCAGAGGCACCUCUGAAACUAUCGCACGUAUAUUUCAACCUUACAAUAUACGUGUUGCACACAAACGUAUAACCACUUUACGACGACUACAAAGACGAACAGGGUGACUGACAGGGAGCAGUAUACAAGAUCAAAUGCUGCGACUGCCAGGCCACCUACAUCGGUAAAUACGGCAGAAACCUUAGCAUGCGACGGACCAAACACAAACGAGCAACAAGAAAUGGUUACUAAACACCAUUUACAGGCGAAACAUCAAAUCGACUGCGACUCUGCCACAUGUAUUACGUAUUCAACAGACUUCUCUCAACGACUCAGUUUAGAAAGUUGGUUGACUAACUUUGAACAAACGCCACUGAAUUAUAGUAAACAGUUAACGGCACCGUACAAACGACUUAUUGACGAAAUCAAGCAAAACUAACUACUAGUAAGAGAAUGACUGGACAACCGACAAUUUGACUAACAAUAAACGACUGUUUAAUUGUGACUGGUUAAACGCACCAAUGACAUAACGAGUCUUCAUAGCCAAUAACAUCACAACUUAACUGACAGACGACCAAUAACAUCGCGACUUAAUUGACCAGUGAGAUAAAAAACCAGAGUUCCUACCAUCAACUGACGUGAUACAACUCACUUUGACUCUGAAGAUGACUACCGCACAGGUUGCUGAAACGUCCCAGUCGUCUCUGUUUAAUCUCGCUUUUGCUUUCUUAGGAUCUGAUUGACUGUCCUUGGAUCUCAAGGAUAUACUUUCUACUGUAACUGGCUUUUUUUUCCUAGGUUGUUCGCCAGAUUGAUCGUCACACUGAUAUUGUUUACAAUAGCGUUGGUGAGGCUGGAGGAGGCAUGGUCUCUGCUAGGUGAGUAAAAUAUGCGCCGAUCUGAAAGCCAAUGUCUAGCUUCACUGUGAAAAACUUCAACUUACACAUCAACCAACAUCAGGAAGCAGUUUGUAGUUAUCAGUGAACUUUAGAACACUUUAAGUAGGUCAAUAUAACUCUUUUUGUUUUGGGUGAUAUCUCAUAUCUUUUCUUUGAUACCUCCAUCAGAGAGCCUCCUUGCUAAUUAUUUGGAAAGAUAAACGUUAUGCUGUACGAACAGGCCUAUCUAUGGAAUCGCGCCUUUCAGAUAUUGUUUGUUCGGGUUUUGCUGGGCAAAUCUAUGACAGCAAAGUCUGCUGGCAGUUCUUAAACCUCAGAGGACUAAAUUUAAAAAAUGUUCAUAAAGUUUAUCGGUUUUCUUAUAAAUGUAUAGGAAAAGCUUCUAUCUGGGAAGUGUUAAUUUUAUAAAUUUUAUACCUAUUAACCUCCUUAAGUGGUGGAGCAUCGGAACCUUUGUGAGUGGCAGGGUGACAGCAUUUAAAAGAGAAAAACUUUGACACCUUUUCCCGAGCCAACAGUGUUCAGGCAUGCUCUAAUUAUCUCGCUUUAUCUGAGUUCACCCGGUUGGGCAAACCAAAGUGUUUAUGAAGAUGAAAGUUGGCCCGGCUAGGAAGGUGACAUCGGCUACUCGAAAAAGGGUGACCCGCCUAGGCAGGUUACCCUUCUAGCUCAGCAAACUUUUUGUUUCUCUUGUAAACGGUUCGCCAAGUCUUUUAAGGAAAUGUAGGGAAAGUUGGCUCACCCACGGUAGCUCGGGUAGGCGAGUGACCCAUCUACCUGUGACUGGUUUUUCUCCAUAUACACUAUACUUAUUAUUCAUUCAAAAUAUUUCCCCGUUUCUGAUUGGUUAAAACCACACGCAUAAUUCACCAUGACCAGCUACUGUUGACCAAAUUUGGAAAGAAUUUUGUCAUAUUGAACCGAUGACGUCAAAAUGACGUCACAAGUGGAGCCUGGUUGCAGGUUAUUGAACCGUUGACUGUGAAAACCUGGGGACGAGGUUGAAUUGUUUUGGUAGUUAGAACAAAGUGGCGGAACAAUCGGCGGAACAUUUUACUCGUUUCACGGCGAAAUAUUGUCUAAAAACAUGGUAAGAACAGCAUGAAGACGGACGACAUCUGCUAUUUGAAGCAUAUUUUCAGACCUGAACAGACCUUUAUCUCCUAAACUUCCCGAUAAAGAUGCAUUAUCGAUAUAAACGUACAUCGACCAAGGUUAUCAUGAUUUAGCUUGUUUUUAAACUUGAAAUUAUUUUGAAGGAAUAAUAAAACAAUUAUUGAAUUCGGCUGUCGUAGGAUAUGAAGAAUUCUGCAGAUCUCGGAGGUUGUUAUCACCAUCCGAGAUCUGCAGAAUUCAGCCUUAUUCAAUAAUUGCUAAAUAUCUUCUAUCUGUAAACGGGCCUCAAUAAUUGUCUUCCUCUAACAGCUGGAAGACCCAUAUCUUGCAUGGCUUGUACUCUCUUUAGUAAAUGUGUAGACCUUAUUUUGUUCAGGGAUUUUGUGAACCUUCGCCGUUGGGAAAAGAGAGGAGACGUAUUUCUGUCUUGUAACGUAGCAACUGAAGUUGAUGAAGCACCACCUAAAAAGGGACAUAUAAGGUGAGACAUUAUCACAAAAAGACAAAUAAUUUGGAUCAGAGCGCGGAAUGACAAUGAUAUUCAGAAACUGUUUAUUACAAAGUUCGCUGUGAUCAGCCCUUUUGUACGUGUGGGAAAAAAGUUGCACUUGAGUGUUAGGUGUGAAGUAUCCCACGAGUGGCUUGAUUUUUGUCAGGCGUCUAAAAGCGUGUGUACAUACAAAGAAAGAUGAAGGCAUGAGUAGGAUAUUCAUGAUACAGUUAUUCGAACCUCCACUAACGGCCACCUCUCUACAACGGCCACCGUUUUUUUUGGCAGACAGUCCAUGCAUUCACUCUUGUUUCAACCUCUCUACAACGGUCACCUGUCUACACUGGUCACUUUCUUCUGUCCCCAUGGUGGCCAUUGUGGAGAGGUUCAACUUUUUACAAUAGCUGAGCGAAUCCUCGCGUGCUGAUUGGUCGAGAGCUAUGGUCUAUGAGAGUAUAGGCGUGGAAAUGACGUAACCGUUUAAGCAGUGCCGUUUGUUUUACUUCGCAGGAAACUAAAAAUAAAUGUUAUUGUAAAAAACAAAUCGACCACAAUUUUCCAUGGUCUACACUCUUAUAGUCCAUAGAAAUGGCGCCAUAAAAUGUUCAAAACUUUGCAGUGAAACCACUUGGCUACGGCUCGUGGUUCCACUUGAGUUUUGAACAUUUUAUGGCGCCAUUUCUAUGGACUAUAAGAGUGUAGACCAUGGAAAAUUGUGGUCGAUUUGUUAAGUAUACUUGUAUACCACGAGCAGGCCACAAGCAUUGCCAGGAUAUUUUUCGUGAGUACAAUGACCCGCCACAGAAUAUGUAACAUGUUUCUAGCUCUCUGAUUGGCUGUAUUCUUUGUUGCAUGGGAUGUUUAGAAGAAAACUCUAAUUUUUUAGUUUAUAUAGCACCCAACACCCCACCCCCCCCGUCUCCUACUUAAAGGGGCUAUUUUACGAGGAUCCUGCUGUUUUUAGUCAAUUCUGUGCUUACGUCAUUGCUUAGUGUCUUUACCCGUGCACAUAAUGCUCCUAUAGAGUUGAGGAAAAGAUAGCAAAUAGAUUUCAACCGGGAGCACCGAUCGUCAUUAGUUGGCCCAAUUUUUUCAAUCCAUGUCCAUCCUUUUCAUCCGUAGCGACAGACGACAGAAAACAGUUUCAAUGCCUAAAUAUAGUUCUUAAAUAACAAAACUGGACCAUUAUUUUCGGAAGUCGAUUGAUGCAAAGACCGGUUUAAGCUUGUUAAAAAGGCAACCGGUAGCGUGAAAUAGCUCCUUUUACCCGAAGGACUACCUCAUGGCAUUGUUCUUAGCUCAAUUUCUUAUACCUGAGGUUUGUCUGUUUGUUUGUUUUUUCAGAGCUGAAAAUGGUCCCGGUGGCUGGGCUAUACGAGAAGCCGAGGGAAAUCCAAACAGAACUGAAUAUGUCUGGUUGUUUGAUGUAGAUCUUAAGGUAACAGCAACUAGACAAGCCGGGUUUUUUGUCUUAACCGUGAAUUCAGACGGGAAUCAGGGUCUUCACACAAGGGCUCUUGACACGCACUGCUCAUGAUAAAGUUGUUUCUCCUCUUGUCUGUUUUAACAGGGAUGGCUACCACAAUCGGUCAUCGACACCGCCAUGUCCUUUAUGUUAUAUUCCACUGGGCAGGGACUGAAGAGCUUUGUCCGGGAAAGUCUGGGCUCCACAGAAAACCAGCCGAGAGAAGACUAGACGCAAAUGCGGAGGAUAGUAGCUUUGGUUGUGCCAAGAACGAGACGUCUCAAUAAAACUUGCGCUUUUGGGGGCACAUGGAAGGCAAGAAUGUCGGUUUAAUUUCUGAAGUUUCGAGUCGUGUUGCUCGGCUCUGCCAAGAGCGCUUGUUUUGAGAUCUUUCCACCCUGAUUGAUCACAAAGCGAUCGCUAAAAGGACAUUUUUUCAAAUUAAGAUCUGUUUAAUUUACAGAGAUUUUACCCUUUUUAACUCCAGACGUUGAUUUCGAUAAAAACACAAGUUAGUUACAACUCGUGUAAAUUAUAUGAUAUAUGAUGAUAUAUGAUUGAAAUUAGGAAUAAAUAUUUU